AUGGAGGCAGUGCGGAAGAUGAAGGGAGGAAAAUGCGAGGAGGCGGUGCAGCUCCUUCGCGACGCAAACAUGCGAUACAAAAACGAGCCCGAGGCCGCCUUCAACGUGCAGAUGGCUUCUUUUUUAGAUUUGGCAUUCAUGAUUUUAACUUUAUUUACAAUGAUUUGUUCGAUACAAGUUUCUGAUUCAAUCCCAAGAGAUGUGUGUAUAAAAGAUUGUGUCAUAAAUCAAUGCAUGAAAGCAUCAAAAAAAGCAACUCCAGCAAUUUGUGACAACCCGUGCAAGUAUACGCUAUAUUGUUUGUAA